CUCGGACCGCAGAUACAUGUACAUAUACUCCUAGGGUAAAAAUGUCUAUAAAUGCUACUGGACCUAUCUCGCAAGCUAUGGAAGCUGCUAGUAUCGAUGACAAUUCUGAUCCUUUUGAGAAUGUUGAUCUCUCCAAGCUUCCAGAAGAAUUGAAGGAGAAAUUAGAUAUGGUAAAAGUGGAGAAAAUACUCAAGGAAGCUACCUCCUUGAGGCUCUUGAUGACAGGCAGGACAGGAACUGGCAAGUCCACAUUGAUCAAUGGGCUGCUGGGCAUGAAGAUGGGAGAUGAUGAUUCCGCAUAUGAAAGUGAUGGCAUUGGAGGCCCUGGCCAGCUAAGACUUCAAUCGCACCACAGAAAAAGAGGGCGGAUCAGUGUGACUGUUUUCGACUCCCGAGGUUUGUUAGAUGGAACUAAUGAAAGUGAGCAAGCUAAAAGUUUGCAAGAGAUGGUAGAUAAGUGUUCCAACGUUGAUUUUAAGUUUCUGUGCAUUGAUAUGAGCCAAAAAAAGUUUGUACUAGGAAAUGACGACAAUCUUGACAUUGAAGCAAUGCAAAAGCUUACAAAAGCAUUUGGAGAGAGUUUUUGGAAAAAUUUGAUGAUCAUUCUUACAUUUGCCAAUAAAUUGGAGAAGCGCUUGUCCAGACCGUUACAUACAGACCAACAUAAAACAGAAGCAUUCAUAAACAAGCUUGAAGAAUGGGAAAGGAGAAUAUGUUCUGCACUAGAAGAAGCUGGAGCUCCUCAAGAGAUUGCCAAGUCUGUCAAGGUUGUCCCAGCUGGCCAUUACGACAACUGGAAACUACCAGAUCGUGAAUAUUGGCUCUCUGAUCUCUGGUUUGAGUGUUUGGAUGCUCUGCCCACUCUUGGAGCACAGGGAGCAUUCCUAUACCUUAACAUGAAUAGGCUCCAUCGCACUUCAUCGAUUUCUGAUUCUGAACUAACCAAACCUCUCCACGACCAGCCACUCAUCAUUACACCAGAAUUAAAAGUACCGAAACUGAAAGCGUCAGCAAAUGUUAUUGGCUUUGCAAUCGGAGGAGCGACUACUGGUGCUUCGAUUGCAUUGUUUACUCUGGUUGGUGGGCCCAUCGCUGUGGCUGUGGGCGUGCCUGCUGGAGCUCUGUUAGGCUUUGCGAUCGGGUUGGCAUUGGGAGUGAAGAGAGUUCACGAUGAGAAAAAUGAAUUGAAUGCUGAUUGGCUGGUUGAUCAAGACCAGCACAGAGAUCUUUGUCAGACGUCUAAACCUCAACCUACUACGGAUGAUAAUAGUUCAUAAGUAUAUAAUAUAGUAUGUAUACUUUAAUAGUCUAAGUGAUUGUACGAACUUAUCAUAUAAUUAUGUGCUAUUGUAUUAUACAUGUUCAGUUGGUUAUUCACUAUCAGUUAGUUAUCAGUUGGUUUCA